GAUCCCCUUAAAUAGCUUUGUAACUCCAACGGGAAAUCAGUCUGAUUCAUUUAAUGAAAUCAAUAGAAAGUAUAAAAGAGUACCUUUACAAUAAUAGUUGAAUAUGUCUCAUUUCUUCGCUCUAUUUUUGAGCCUUUUCGUGUUGGCGUUGUCGGCUGAUUCGAUCGCUGGCAUUUCCCUUCACCAACUGGAAAAUCAAAGACAUAGCAAUGUGGAAAUGAGGGAGCUCUUGGAAUCCGAAAAUAAUUUACAGAAAAUAUUAAAGCAAAAGAAUGAAAUUUUGAAAUACCUGGUGAUCACUUUGAAAAUCGAUGAUCAAAAUCAGAGCCAGUUUCUUUAUGAUGUGUUCGUCAAAGAUGGUUUGGUUUCUACAGCGAAACCAAGGACCACUACCGUCAGGCGAGGCCCAGCCCCAACUACCGCAAGGCUUCUUGAAGACAACAUCCCUGUUUAGACUCAUUGGAAUUCUAGGCUAGUUAAUUUCACAUAAAUG